AUAUUACGUAAAAAGAAUCACAUUCGGUUCGUUUUAAACUAUUCAAAAGAACCGAUUCGGGGAAACGACUCGGAGUUCCCAUCACUAGGCUACUAUAUAAAUAGAUCAGCUGUUAUUUGAGUAAGGGUGAGGGCAUAGCCAAACGGAACAGCUUGUGCCCAUGUGUUUACUUUAGACAGAUCUGAUAAUGUUAACAGCAUUACAUUUAGCAUUUAUAAUAUGCAUGCAAUUUCUUUCUCUCACUCUCACAUUUCCAUUAGGGAGACUUAAUGAAAGCAUAAGUGUUUUGUUCCAAGCUUAACAUAAUUAAAGGGCGUUAUCCUUAUCCACAGACGUGCCUGAACACGCACGAGAAUCUCGUCAAUGUUUAUUAGUGUACGUUCACAGAGUUACAAAAGCCUCCGUCCGUCCCAUAGUUAAAACCCUCUGUGAUGUCGAACCCGCUGAGGAUUGUUGACGCACAUUUCUAAGCGUCAAAAAGCAGGAAAAACUGGUCUGAAGACAUUCUCUCCUCUCAGUUUCAGUCGUCUCUCCCAUAAUAAGAACAUGCUGUUUAACUUUGGUGGCUGUUAGAAGAAAAUGGAGACCUAUAGGAGAGUUUCGCCUUUACGCACAAUCAGGGACCUCCUGGAAUCUCCUCUGACCACUGAGGAGGUGCACAAACGAUUAACUGACGAUGAGGAUUCAGUUUCAAGUCACGACACUGACAUGGACAGACAGUCUAACAGCUCACAACUGUCCACAUUGGAUGAGUUACAGGAACCGCUGGCAGUGGAUGGUAACAGUGCAGAUGUGACAGGUCAAACUGUUGACCCACAGUAUACGAGUUCUGACCCAGACGCGCCCCCGAAGCCCCCUCGGGCCUACAUAGAUGAAGCGUUACCGGAUCUCCUCCGGAGUGGAAGCCCACUUCGCCGACGAGUGUCCAGUCCGGUGUCUUCCACGCUGAAGCAAGUGAAAAGGGAGGUGGCAUUAUCUCGGCAGCGCAGUCUGAAGCUCAAGGCUCAGGUGGAUAGACUGGAACAACAAAAGGAAAGUGGACCUGGCUGGAGUGAAAACAGACAGCGGGUGGCAGAAGAGGUUCAGUCUGUUGUAAAGCUGCUACUCCCUCUGACAGAUUUGGAAGCAGCAGAAGUCAAUCAGCCGUCCCAGGCCAACCCUUUAGACACCGCACUGCUUCAGCUCCAGAAGGUGGCCCGCACACUUGCCCUUAACCACACCUCUCAGGGAAAGGAGAGCUCUGGGGAAAAUGCUGCCAUUUUACAGCAAGCGCUGCGGGACAGAGAUGAAGCCAUUGCAAAAAAACAAGCAAUGGAGACUGAGCUACUGAGAAGCAAGAACGAAUUGAUGACACUGAACAACCAACUUCUGGAAGCUGUUCAGAGUCGACUAGAACUGACCAUAGAGCUGGAGGCCUGGAAAGAUGACGUACAGACCAUUCUUCAUCACCAGCUCCUCAAACAGCAGCAGGAAGAACAGGCUCAGAAGAAGCCUAGAGGGUUCAAUGUUUUGCGGCGCUCAAAUAAGCCCCUCCCUGCAAAACCGGAUUUUUCCACCCUGACGCACGUGCCUGUUUUGACCCCCCAGACACCUGCGUCAACCCCCCAGUCACCUGCAGGAACACAGAGAUGGAAAGACAAGUUUAAACGCGGAAAAAUCAGUACACAAGGACCUGCCGAGUCUCAGCCACCAAGGAGCAACAAAGAGGACAAUUUUCAAACGGUUUCUUUGGACUGAUGAGGCCGUUUCAGUGAUACGUAACCUAUGGAUUAUCUCACAUCUCAUUGAUUGUUCACUGAUUUAGCCUCACCGCACUUGUAAGGAUGUAAAUAAUAUGAAUAAUGUUAUGACUCAUUAAACUAGGUGUUUUUUAACUGCAGAGGUUAUAUUAAUGUGACUGAGAAUCUUAAAGGUUUUGUUGACCUGCAGUCAUGAAUGAUGUGAUAUUUGGUCUAAUCUUCGUAGCAAUAUAUUAAGAAAAGGGAAUAAAGGUGACAGAGAAACAAUAA